GCUCUUUUGCAAAACAAAUCUUGGAGAAAUUCAAAAUGGAGUCCUGCAAUCCUGUUAACACUCCCAUGGUGAUCGGUCAAGAAUUAAGGAAGCAUGAUGGUGAAGCUGAGGUGGAUCCAACUUACUUCAAAAGCCUCGUUGGAAGUUUACAAUAUCUAACGUACACUAGGCCUGAUAUUCUCUAUGGAGUUGGAUUAAUCAGCAGAUACAUGGAAACGCCGUCACAGUCUCAUUUGAAUGCGGCCAAGAGGAUUUUGCGCUAUAUUAAAGGUACGCUGAAUGAAGGUAUACUUUAUCCCUCUAAUCAAGAGGUUAAGCUCGUUGGUUAUUCGGAUAGCGAUUGGGGAAGAGACUUGGAUGAAAGAAAGAGCACUAUCGAUUACUGUUUUUAUAUUGGAGAUGCUGUCUUUACUUGGUCGUCAAAGAAGCAAGCGACAGUGACACUCUCAACAUGUGAAGCCGAGUAUGUUGCAGCAAGUUCAACGGUGUGCCAUUGCAUUUGGUUGAGAAAUUUAUUAACUUUUCUGGGAUUCGCGCAACAAGGCCCGACGGAGAUACGUGUUGAUAAUAAGUCUACAAUAGCACUUGCAAAGAAUCCAGUGUUCCACGAAAGAAGAUCAAAUUGCUGACAUUUUUACGAAGCCACCAAAACAGGAUGUCUUUAGAAGAUUGAAGUUUUUACUCGGCAUGAAGACCUUGAAGAAUUGAGCUUAAGGGGGGAUGUUGAGUUAUUAAACUCAAUUACUUCAUGAUUAAGAAAAGUGAUGAAGUAGGUGCAUCACCUACUUAUUAUAUGUGGAUGAAAAUUUUGUUUCCUCAUGGCUACAUGAAAGCCACGUACCAUACUUAUCACUAGGAAUAAGGAAUAUUAAAUUAGAAUACCAGAAUUCUCUAGUUUGGUGUAACCGACUUAGAUUGCCUAUAAAUAGGCAUUAGGUGUUUAGUAGUAGUAUAUACACAAGUAAUCAAGAAAGAAAAGAAGAGAGUUGAGUGAAUUGGGAGAAAGAGCCGUAGCUCUAAGUUAGGAAAGUUGUGAGAGCUUUUGUAGUGCUGAAGCACAUCCUUUUGUUUGAGUGUAUUUGUAUAAGCCUUUGGGAGAAGUUUUUUAAUCCCACUUAUCUUCCAUAUUUCAUCCUUGCUGAGUGCUCAUAUAUUUGUGUGUCAAAUAUCCAACAAAAUCUGUGCGUCCCCAAAGUCCCUAAAUUUAUGGGACGGAGGGACUACUUUAGUUACUUUUCCUUUCCAUCUAUAUCUUACUUUAUCAACUAUGCAUUGAAACCCGUAUUUAUAUUUCAAGUACCUAGCAUUGCUAUUGAGUCUUGACGACAUCAAGGGGAGUAGUGAAGGCCGCCGCCAAUGCCCCAGCCGCCGCGCCGGCCGUAGCAUGAACAACCAACGUCUCCUCACCGAGAGCCUCAGGAUAAUCCGAGACCUCGGUCAAGCCCCUCUUCGCGGCCUCAUACGCCGCAAAAUGCAGCGCCGUAAAAGGCGCAUUCAUAAGCACCGUCGUCCUAUACGAAGCAUAAAACGCCCCAAUCCCAUCCUGCCUCGCCACUCUGGACACGCAGUCCAAAACCCCCUUGUACAGACCGCUCCCCAGCUGCAGCCUCUACUUCACCACGUCCAUCGGCGUCAGCACGGCGUCGCUGGCGACGGUGGCGCAGACGCCGGACGCCGCGUGGCUGUCCGGGUCGCCGCGGGAGAGGUGCCGCUUGCAGGCCUCGUAGACGGUGAAGUAGGCGGAGUGCACGGGGCCUGCGCCGAGGGCAAUGACGCCGUCGGAUUUAAGGAUCGACUGCGCGGCCUGGGCGACGGUGGCGGACCAGAUGAGGCAGGAGCCGAGGGCUUGCAUUCGGGUCUUGACGGUGUCGAUGGGGAACAUUGCCAUGUGCUCCACCGUGCAGGCGACAGAGCCGGCGAUCAUGAACUGGCAGAAUUGGAGGCCGUCGUGGUCGGCGGCAGCGGAUGCUGCCGGGGUGUAAUCGGGGAGGAGCUCGGUGGCCAUAGGAGGCUGCCGGGGUGUAAUAGUAGGAGAGUGAUGGAGAGAGGUUUACGAAAACGGAAAGUUUGAAAAUUAGGGUUCUGCUCCAAUAAAUUGGGGCACGCUUCCAUUGUUGCACUACUUUUAAAAUUUACUAUAUUCUCUAACCCUUAAUAAUAAUUAUAUACUCUUUCAUUUUUA